AUGUCAGAAGCAGCCAAGAAGAGAAAGUGGGAUCAAGACGAUCAUGGCGAUGCGAGUCCUUCCUCCAAAAUCACAAAGGUGGAGGCUGAUCCUAGCAAAGCAGUGAGCGAAGCAGCAGCUAGAAUCAAUGCCAUGCUGGCUCAAAAGGGCAUUCCUCUUCAUGAAGAUGGAGAAGCAGGUGCUGAGCAGGCAGGCGAAUUUGUCAAGGACAUUCCUAUCAACGACCUCAAAAAUCGAUAUAUGCUGACCAGAGGAGCUACUCAACAACAAAUCCAGCAAGAAACAGGAGCAGAUGUGAUUACGCGUGGAAAAUACUAUCCAGAUGUUCAGUUGGCUUCAGAUAGAGAGCCUCCUCUUUAUUUACACAUCACUGCUCCCGACAAGAAAUCACUGGACAAAGCUGUAGCAAAGAUUGAAGAGUUGAUUGAAACAGCUCAGGUACCAGUGCCUGGUAGCGGUUAUCCGCCCAGAGAAGACAGACCAGAGAUAAAGAGACCCGAGAGAAAGUUUUACGAAAAGAGAUUGCCUGUUGAAGUUACUGGAACACCUCAUUUCAAUCUUCGUGCAAAGAUUGUCGGCCCCAAUGGUGCUUUUGUCAAGCAUAUUCAGCAAGAAACUGGCUGUAGAGUGCAGUUGAAGGGCAAGGGAUCUGGUUUCUACGAGUCCAGUACUGGCGUGGAGUCUGAAGAGCCAUUGCAUAUUCACGUCUCAUCUGCAAGAGAAGAUUCAUUGGAAGCAGGCGUUAAAUUGACACAAGACUUGCUGGACACUGUCAAGGCAGAAGCAGAGAGAGGACCACCAAGUCACUAUGGCUACAAUCGAGGUGGCGGAUACAACUCGAGUCGCGGCGGAUAUAACAAUGGAUACAAUAGCCAUUACAGUAGUUACAAUCAGUCAGCAGCACCAUCUGAUCCAGCAGCAGCAACAGCAACCGGCUAUGACUACGAAGCCUAUAACAAUUACUACAAUAGCUACUAUAGCCAACAGCCAGGAGCCUAUCAACAAUACGAUGCCAAUGCCUAUUAUAGCUACUAUGGCUAUCCUCCUCCUGCUGCUGCAACUACAUCAACUGACGCCUCGCCUCCUCCACCUUCAUCCGCGAGCGAUGCUUUGCCCCCACCACCUCCCCCACCAGCUUCUAGCUCAUCAACAGCACAACCACCACCUCCACCUCCUCCAUCAGACGCACAAUUACCUCCUCCACCUCCACCCCCUCCUUCAGCUUCCCCCUAA